GUAGUAUGACUGCUACGUCUAUUUUAGUCACUGCAGCUGGUUUGUCCCUUGAUCCUUUUACAAUGGCCCUAUAAUGUUUGAAUUGCUUGGGUCAGACCACUAUGACCUAGCUGUUGUAGAGUAACGGUAACAUACCCGGCCAUGUUUAUGCUGUUUGUGGUGUUUAUGUGGGCCAAAAGUGUAGCCGGAGAGGACGGCUGGUUUUGGCAGGUGACAGAUUUCCACUAUGACCCGCGCUACUCCACUGCCGGGGUCCCCACGGCGAUGUGCCACGCGUCUGCUGCAGGACGGCAGGCCGGCUCCCCGGGGGUGUGGGGAGACUACCUGUGCGACGCCCCCUGGGCACUCAUCAACUCCUCGGUGUACGCCAUGAGGCAGAUACAACCUAACCCUGACUUCAUAUUGUGGACGGGGGAUGACACCCCACAUGUGCCUAACGAAGAGCUGGGACAGCAGAUUGUCCUCGACAUCAUCGGCAAUCUGACGUCACUGCUGAAGGAGGUGUUUCCCGCCAAGAGGGUGUACGCAGCCCUCGGUAACCAUGACUACCACCCUAAGAACCAGUUACCGCCCAACGGGAGCGACAUCUACGACGCCGUGGCCGGGUUCUGGCGGGAGUGGAUGGAUGAUGACACGGCCAACAGUGUCUUCAAGCAAGGUGGUUACUACGCGGUGUCCGCUGCUCCUCACCUGCGCAUUGUCAGCGUGAACACCAACCUCCACUACAGGAACAACCUGCUGACCGCAGACAUGCCAGAUCCGGGCGGUCACUUCGCCUGGCUGGACAGAGUGCUCAGCGACGCCCAAGCAAACUCAGAAAAGGUGUUUAUUGUCGGGCACCUGCCACCAGGCUUCUUCGAGUUGAAGAGAAGUCAGUACUGGAUGUACCCGAACUUUAACGAGCGCUACAACGAACUCAUUCGGAAGCAUUCGGCCGUCAUCGCCGGGCAGUUUUUCGGUCAUCACCACACGGACAGUUUUCGUCUCUUCUACGAUGAUGAAGGAUCAGCUGUCAGCUUGAUGUUCCUGUGUCCUGCGGUGACCCCGUGGAAGACCACUCUGCCCGGCAUCAGUGGAUUUGGCGCCAACAAUCCUGGGGUCAGGCUGUACAAGUACGACAGACAGACGCUCCAAAUCAAGGACGUGGUUCAGUACUACACUAACCUGACAGAGGCUAACCUGAGGGGCGGACCCGUGUGGCAGGAGGCCUACUCGCUCACCGGUACCUUCGGUCUUGUCGACGGUGGAACGGACUCUCUACACCGCCUGGCCGCCUCCUUCACCGGCCCGGACGCGUCGCAGUUCCGCAGAUAUCACCAGUUCAACACGCUGAGCUACGACCCGGGCGAGACGUGUGAUACUGACUGCUGGGUAGAUCAUGUCUGUUCCAUCACUGCUGUCGGACAUGACGACUAUGACGUGUGCGUCAAGGACAAGGUCACAGGGGGCGCUCCUGGGAGCAAAACGAUCCAGAUUGUCGUGAUCUUGGCCUGCGUUUUGACUGUUUUGAUUAUUUAGAUCGCGUUCUAUCAGUCACAGCGAUAAUUCAACAUAUUUCAGAGUAACAAGUUUGUGCCUUGAGUUAGACUCAUUUACCCUGAAUGCUGACUGACGAAAACAAGUGUCAGAACAUCCGAACCAACAAAGUUCCGACCGUAGUUUUUAAGCGCCAGAAGGGCUUGAGUAGCUGGGAAAUUGCACCUUGCUCUGAUCCUGUUCUACCUGUGUUUGAAUGUUUAAGACUUAAAGACUAAAAAAUCAACUCCACUCAGAAAUUAUUACUAUCUUUCUGCUUUUAAUCCUAGAAAUAAGGACAAGGAAAUGGUUUAUGGCGGAAACCAUAUGGGAUUUCCGAUCUAAUCGUAAUUUUCCAACGACAACGUUUUUCUGGGAAAAAGACGGUAGCAGGUGGCCGGAAGUAUGACGUAAUGCCAAACUUUUCCAUAGCCUGCUUCCUCCUAUUAUGUAGGUCAUAAAACCAAUAAGGCUAUUGCUUCUUCGAAAUAAUGUGGCUAUCCUUUUCCACUGUUUCCUUGGGGUAUCCUUGAGAACUGUUUCCUUGAGGUAUUUCAACGGCAUUACAAUCGUCAGAAAAUCGAGGAUUUUCAGACAACGUCGUACCUGAGGCAUGCCGUAAAUGAUUGACGUAAAUGGCGUACGUGCCGUGGCACCCCGUUUCUUCCACGACGGUAGCGCGCGGUAAAAAAAAGGUGACGAGGGGUUUUGAUGAUCCAAGUUUGAGGUCACGUUUCUCAUAAUCUGCCAUAAAAUGACAUUAGAUGACUAUACACGGCUGACAAGU